AUGGACAGCUAGAAGUCCGCUAACAACAACAGGAGCCUUUUACGUCUUGAAAACGAGAUAAAAAUGAUCAUCAGAGUCAUUCAAUGUUGGAUUUAUCAUCAUGGACAUGUUGUACAGAGUCUCCGAGAAGACACUGACGUUCCAGGCCGCACUACAAAUCUUCUGAAAGGGCCACGACCGCAGUGUUAGCUCCCAUCAAAACAAACCGUCAACUCUUUGCUAUAGAUUCAACUGUUCUGUUGUGGUGCAUAAUACAGUGAAGGUGUCUGCCCCAUCGCACAUGUAGGAGCUACUGAAUAGACCCAUAUUUACCCUAAUAAAAUGAUGGGGGGGCUCCGCGGCGCUGAUAGGCUGAGCCGUUCAGCCAGUGGAGCCUCUCUGCCUCCCUGCGACUGAAACAAACGCUCAGUCACCCGAUGAAGCUAUUGGCUGGAAGUCUUCAGGUCCCUGCGCAGUCACUGGCAGUGGAGCGCUCUCAUAGACAGCGCUCGCACUGACUCGACUCACACAUCGAACUGUGUGGGGCCAUGUCGCAGUACACUCUGGGAGUUCACCUGCAGAUCCUGCUGGCUGUGGGUCUGGCGGUUUUCUGCUACUGUCUGGUUCUCGGUUGUGUCUUUUGCUGUCGCAGAAGGAAGAGUGUUUCGUCUGAGGACAAGGAGGCAGUUUUCCUGUCUCCUCAUCCCCAUGAGAGGGUGACUGUGACAUUGACUCCUACUCCCCGUACGCAGCCUGUUAAGCAGCAGUAUGAGGAGCUGGAUGGAGACGUGUUGGAGUUUCCUCCUGCUAAGAGCAGUUCUUCUCCGUCUGAUGAUGACCUCACUGCUCUGCCCUUUGACCCCAGCCCUACCAGAUCAGCUGCGCUGGCGCAGUCUCCUGGAUCUUCCCACCCAAUGCGGCGCCUCAGCUCCCCGGCUGUCCCCUGCUUACCCAGAAAACCUCAGAGUCACGGCAGGGCCUCUUUGCCCUCCCUCACUAAGCUGAACCUGGUGUCCAAAUCUCGCCGGGCGACGGGUCGGCGAAGCACCGUGAGCAGUGAAAGUUUCCUUUACAGUGAGAGCAGCCGACUGACUGCGGCUGCUGCGGCAGCUCCCCCCCAGCAGGAGCAGCCCUCUCUCUCCCAGUACGGCUCUCACUCUCUCUCCAUCCCCUCAAAGCCAGCUCCUCUCCUGCACUUCUCCCUGCUCUUCUCCUCGGCCGGUGGCACCCUGGCCGUCAGCAUCCUGGGGCUCUCGGGGGCCAGCCGACGACGCAGUGGGGUGUUUGUCCGAGCCAGCCUCCCUCCCCUCUGCCCCUCUCCUCAGCAGAGUGCCUCUCGGCGCCGCAGCCUCAGCCCAGACCUCCACAGUCAGAGCUUCGUGCUGCAGGUGGGCUCUGCAGAGGAGCUGCGCACAUGCACCUUGAGACUGGCCGUCUACAGCAGGGACUUCUCAGGCCUAAGAGAGGCUGCACUGGGCGAGGUGGAGCUGCCCUGCGAGCAGAUGGACUGGGAGCCUGACGUCACCACCACUUACACCAGGCAGCUCAGCCCACCUAAGAGCAAGUUGAAAAAGAGUGUGAGUUCUCUCGAAGCGCUGGGCCGCAGGAAGAGCUCGGUGUGUGUGCCGCGGGCUCUGGGCCAACUGUUCAUCCUGCUGCAGUACCAGACGCUGGCCCAGCGCAUCAAGGUGAUGGUCCGAAAGGCGGAGAACCUGGCCAAGCUCACGCGGAUCCCAGGAGCUGCAGACCACUAUGUUGUCAUCAACCUGCGUCAGGAUGGGAAAGUGAUCGGUACCAAGGAGACCAAAGGAGUCAGUGGUCCUAACCCCGUCUGGAACGCUCCGUUUCUCUUUGACCUGCCCCCUGGUGACGUCAGUCAGCUGCCACUGGUCCUUGAAUUCAUUAUCAUGCAGGGCCGUCUCUACACGAAGAGCAGUAUCCUGGGUCAUGUGUUGAUUGGCAGUGAUGCUUCAGAGGCGGGACAAGGACACUGGAAGGAGAUGUGCAGUCGGGGGCAAAUAGAAACGGCCCGCUGGCACUCCAUCCAAUCAGAGUCGCUGUAGGACCGUGGGACUGCACCGUUCACUGCCUAGAUGUUGUUCUGAAGGUGGAGUUAUUUGUAUGUGGGGGAAAACCGGACUGGGAUGUACAUGGCUCCAAAGUAUUUAUUUUUUAUUCUGUUUAUUUUAAAUUAUCUUGUGUACCUUUGGUUGCUACUGUAUUUGGUAGUUCUACAGAUAACGUUAAUGAAUUAAUUACUGUAACGUGUGAUGAUGUUUUAGGCAGAGAUAAUAUUCCAGAUGGUCCAUGUGUAUCUCCAGGCCUGAAUUGAAGAAGCGCUCACCACUGGGGAGAAGGGUGAGGAGGGAUGUGCAGCAGGUUUCUCAGUAGCAACAGUAUUCUGCAUCCCAACAUUCAUAUCCACUGUGACUUCUUAAAACCGUUGUCCGUAAAACUGUAUCAUUUUGUAAGUACUGUUCUGCAAUAUGUGCUAAUGUCGUAGCAAUGUUCGUAUUGUAAAUUAUGAAAAUUAUUGUUUUAUUUCAUGCCAUCCCCAAUAUCUCAGACACAACUUAUUGAUUUUAGACUCAAGACUAACAAAUGAAUCAAAUCAUAUUCUGUCAGUUGAUACCAAAUGCUAAAACAAAGCAUAUACAGACACAUUUUUGUGCUUUCCACUGUAGCUUUGUUAAAAGUGUAAGUUACCUGGACAGUGAAGUUGGACAACUGAUACCAUUUCACUCUUAAUCAGAAAUAUUACUUUGUAAAAAUAUGACGCAUUUUAGAAACAUGCUAGUGGCAUGUAUUUGUCUCAACUGUAUAUGAAUGUCUUUGCUUUCGUAAGGAUUUGUUUCAGAGAUUAUACAAUAAAUCAAUAUAUAUUAUAAA